AUGAACAGGGUGGUCACCCACGUGCUCAUUCAUGCCUCUGAUGAUUGUGGGGCUCAUGUCCACUGGUUCACCAAUGUAAGACAUCUGGCCUGCUCAGAAAUUCAUGUUGCGAAACUUAGUGGAGACUGUCCACUUCUAAAUGAAGUAUUCAGGUUUCGUUUUGGGUUAAAGCAACACCAUCAGACUUGUGUGCAAGACAGGGCCAUUCUUUCUAGUUUGGCUGUUAGGAAUAUCAGCAAAGAAGAAGCCCAGAAAGUUGUCGAUGAUGUUUUUGAAUCUUGCUUCAAUGACCUUGAACCUUUUGGAAGGAUCCCACACGAUAAGACUUAUGCAAGAUAUGCUCACAGAGACUUUUAA